GUCCGAAGCAUAUCCAUCCUCCUCUCCGCGUUAUGCCCACUUUUGACCUCGUAGUUGUGGGCUCGGGGGGAGGACCUGACGAAACAAAUUUAUCUGCGUAUCUCCUAAAGCCCUCCCAAAAUGCUUGGGAAGAUGGUAUCGUAGCCUUGGAAGCAGGCUCAGGCCAAGGUGCUCUAUCACAUAUCUUGAAGCGGAAUCCAGAGCUAUUUGGCGGACGGGAGGACAGCGACGGGCAUGAGAAGAUUCUCUCGGCACCGAUGAUUUACUCGUUCGUGCAGUGCUUCCUUCUGACACAUGCACAUCUGGACCACAUCAACAGCCUAGUCUUGUCAGCGGGUUCUCUUCUUGGACCCUCUAAGCGCAUAUACGGUGCCUCCCAGACUCUCAAGGACGUCGAGUUAGUGUUCUCUGAUCGAUUAUGGCCUAAUCUUGCUACCUGGGAUGAAAAUGACGAGUCUUACAAACUCCUAUAUCACAUCCUUCACGCCGACGCCAAAUACGCAAAGAUAUCCCCUGACAUCUCUGUACGACUCAUGCCUGUGAACCAUGGGCAUAACGACACUUUAGGAAAUUAUGAAUCUGCUGCCUAUUUUAUCAGACAUGACCCAAGCUCUCACGAGUUCCUCUUCUUCGGCGACGUCGAGCCAGAUAGCGUGGCAUCCAAACCACAGAAUAUAGCUGUGUGGCAGGCAGCUGCUCCUAAAAUCCCUCAACGGUUAUCGGCCAUCUUCAUCGAAUGCUCUUGGCCAAGCGGACGGCCGGAUGACUUGCUUUAUGGUCACCUCAGCCCUGAGCACCUUGUGCAAGAGUUAAAGGCACUGGCGACAGAGAUUGUGUUGGCACGUAAGGUCCACAAGCGAGAAACGCGUUUGACAUCUCGUCCACGAAAGAAACAGAGAGUGAACCCUUUAUCUCAAGAGGCCUUGCGCGGUGCCCUCACUGGUCUUCGAGUAUUUAUAAUACACUGCAAGGAGGAUUUUAGUUGCUCUCCUGAUCCGCCCAUAAAUCAUGUGAUUGCUGGACAAGUCAGAGCUUUAGUGAGCGCCAGUGGUCUUGGAGCAGAGAUACUGGCUGCAGACCAGGGUUCAUUGAUAGAAUCUGAACACAUGUGGACAGUUUU